UCCUGUCAAAUGGUGCAAAAAUCUGCGAAAAACUAGUCGAUCGUCUGUACUUGUGGUGAAAAAUUUUCGUUUCUGCCCCGGAAAACAAUAAAAAUCAGCAAAAAUAACGGUGAAAAAUAUGACCGAGGUCCUGAGCAACAACACUACCGAUAAGGUAGCUGCGCUUGUGAAGGAAGCCGAAUCACUGAAGGCAAAACUUGAAGAGGAACGGCAGAAGCUGAACGAUGUUACUCUUUCCUCCGUCGCCGAGCGGCUUGAAAUGAUCACGUAUUUGAACAUCAAGCCGCGUCGGGUACUGAAGGGCCACCAGGCGAAAGUCCUCUGUUCCGAUUGGUCCCCCGACAAGAGGCACAUCGUUUCUUCAUCCCAGGAUGGAAAACUGAUUAUCUGGGAUGCGUUCACCAACUACAAGGAGCAUGCCGUGACGAUGCCCACUACUUGGGUGAUGGGAUGCUCGUACGCUCCGUCCGGGAACCUGGUGGCUUGUGGUGGACUGGAUAAUAAAGUAACUGUGUAUCCAAUAACUAUGGAGGAAGACAUUUCAUCCCGUAAGAAAACCGUUGGAACGCACACAAGCUACAUGUCUUGUUGCAUUUUUCCUAACUCCGACCAGCAAAUAUUGACCGGAAGUGGUGAUUCUACCUGCGCUUUGUGGGACGUGGAAUCCGGUCAACUGCUCCAGAGCUUCCAUGGCCACACGGGCGAUGUGAUGUCGAUAGAUCUGGCGCCUAACGAAACCGGUAACACGUUUGUGUCUGGAAGCUGCGACAAGAUGGCUUUCAUUUGGGAUAUGCGCUCCGGUCACGUUGUCCAGUCGUUUGAAGGGCAUCAGUCCGAUGUUAAUAGUGUGAAAUUUCACCCGAGCGGAGACGCAAUCAGUACUGGAUCGGACGAUAGUACUGUGAGUAUAAUAAAUAUAUCUAUUAUAUUUAUGUUUAUUGGUACCAUUCUAAACAUUACCUAUAUUCAGCAGCUCAAGGGCUUUCAUUAUAAAAGUAAUAACAUUUGAAUUUUUGAAUUGAAU